UUCAUUCGUUCAUUCAUUCAUUCAUCCGUUCAUAUUAAUUAAUUCAUUCAUUCAUUCAUUCAUUCAUUCAUUCAUAUUCAUUAAUUGUUUUACUUUUCAGGCAUGUGUGCAGUUAUUCCCUCGUGGAUUUACACCGUCAAAGUAAAGCCGGAAUUUGCCGAAGAUAAAUUUGAUUCGUUUUCGGACGGAAUUCACCGAGUCAGCACGAACACUGUCGUCAGAUUCAGAACUGGACAUUUUGAUACAGACGCCGCCAGGUGGAGUCGAGGAUUUACUUCCGGGAAACAUGUCUUUGAAAUCGUCUACCCCAAUAACCAGCGCGGGACGGAGGCGCCGGUUGGGGUCGGGCUAGAAAGCGCCCCUCUCUGGGUCAAAGGUCGAUCGUGUCUGAUCGGAAGCACGGCAGACUCGUGGGGAAUUUGUCUGCGUUCGAAGCGAGCUUUCCACUGCGGCAAAGUUCAAAAGAAAUACCCCCUCCACCAGCGACCCCUGCCGGACACAUUCUACAUGUACCUGGACGCGGACUCGGGAAACGUCAUGUUUGGAAGCAAUGUUGAGUUCUACGGAAGCGCGAUCGCCAAUAUAUCUGCGCGCCCUCUGUAUCCAAUGAUAGGAAGUUGUAUGCAAGGCAGUACCAUGACUAUGAUUUACAGGGGCGAAGGUGACAUAAAUGCCAUUCCACCGGAACAACCAGUCUACGGGCAGCACUUACCAGCUGUUCCGGCGGCCGUUUAUCAAGUGCAACAAGUGACAGAAGUGUAUUAAACUGUCUCCACACUUACACAAGUUAAACUGGUGUAACUGUACUGGUUUAGCUAAAACUCGUUUGGUUAGAAAUGACGACCGUUCACACAGAACAGAACUUUAUUCGCUCAGGAAACCAUCAGUGUUACAUUUGAGGUAUUUACAAAACAUUCCGGUAUUAAGGAUACUGAUUAAAAGUUAAAAGUAUAACACAAUCAAACAUUCAAAUAACUAAAUUUAUCAUCCAUUAAAGGCUUUUUUUUUAAGGAGAUAUCGCUGGCACUAUAAUUUGCGAUAUCUCCUGCGAUAUUCUCCUAGGAGAUAUCGUUUCUUUUGUUACGUCACUGUAUGUUUCAGCGCUAAACCUAUCAUUAGUGACGUCAUGCCACUGUCGUUCUACUAGUUAACGAAUCUACUACCGCUGCCAAAUACUUUAAACCCACAUUACUGACAUUGUUUACAACUGUCGCACAUGAAAACAAUUAUAAUAGAUGAUAAAAAGAAUACCCUCCCCUCGUGUCUUGUGAUAUCAUAAUUUAUCAGCACUCGUUGAUAAAAGUGUAAAAAUCGUUUUCUGUUACUAAGGUUAUAAUAAGCAAUUGUCGAAAAUAUUUAACAUGUACCUCGGUUAAUACACCGGGUCAGUACCUUUAGCUCCCGGUGUGUGCUAGAAUGUCAUUAUCUUAAAAGAAACAAAUAUAAUAAUAACCUUAAUAACUAAAAUACAAUCUACAAAAUAAUCGAAAAUCAUUGUUUUAAAUUAUUCACUUUUAAGUUACAGAUGCCAGGAAAACGCGUUUUAGAGUUUCAGAGAUUUCAAAUUUCCCGAAGUAAGAUAGCCCUGGAUCCCCAUACAAAGUUCGGGUGCUUCGCGCCCUCAAGUAACUUCAUAUCCAAAAGUUCCCGACAAAUACAUAGUCGAAGCCUCCCACUCGAAACGCUAGCUACGGGCCUGGACUAGGGAGUCUGUUAGGCCGUUGCUAACGCACUUACUGCUUAUUUAGUUUAACUAAAAGUUUGCUUUUACACUUACAUUUAAUCUGUUUUUGUUAUACUGGUUUAAGUAAACAACAUAUCGAAGUGCUUUAGCUAUACCGGUUUAAUGAAAAGAUCUCCUUCUCACUUACAUUUUAACAUAAGCGUAUGUGUGUGGGGGGGGGGGGGGGGGGGGGGGGGGGGAGCAACUGCCCCGAUAGCGCUGGAGUAAAAACCCAAAUUCGGUCGGAAAUUUUAGAGACAUUCUGGCAAAAUGUGCUAACUGAGAUCUUUUUACUAUGUAUUUCCAUCAUUCUACCCUCAAAAUUAGUUGCAAUCCAUGUAAAAAUGCGUAGUGAUUCGUUUGCAACUCUAUAUAGCUGUAAUGCUA